AUGAUAGAUCUACAAGCAGAGAAUUACAUCCGUUUGGAAAUAGAGACAGUAAAAACUGCAAUAAAAUCUUUAAAGAAUGGAAGGGCUACAGGCAUUGGAGAAGAACUGAAAGAGAGGGUUAAACUUGCCCUUGCCAUAGCCAUAGUCAGAUCAAAACCAACAAAUAUCACAGCAAAACAAGUAGCAGUAUCACUUAAAAAGAAGCUUGAAACUGAGCAAUCUACUGUUUGGAGGAAGGGGAGAGAUUUAAAUCUAAGACAGAGAAUACACAAGCUGAAACAUGAGCUACUUCAAAGUGCUCUUCCAUCAGAAUCAACAAAUGUAUCAGAUUUCUCUUUGGGUGGAGACAUUCCUGGUAAAGAUAUUCCAGAUGGAGCUGAAGAAGAUGCCACAGAGGAGACUGAGUUUCAUUUGAUGUUCAUUCAGUCAAUGGUGCAACUGAAAUCAGCUGUUAGUACCUGUACAUUUCUGAGGGCAUCUGUCUUGAAAACAAUUGUUAACUCCAUGGCUACAGAUGUCUUAUAUCCUGGCAAAGAAUUUGGUGCAGAACAUAACACUUCCAUUUGUGACGUGGAAUCAGUAUAUUCUUUAAACACCAUGCAAAGUGGGCCGCAAAUGACUGAGGACUCAGGAUAUGGUAGUGUUGAAGUAGGGAAGGAAAGUGACAGGAAAAUUCCAAGUAGUCUUUUGAAAUACAUAUUGUGUGAUUCUGAUGCCAAUGACCUCAUUGUAAAAUCUGUUGAGACAGUGCUUAGUUAUUUGGAGAAAUCAUUGUCAGGUGAUGAUGAAGGAAUUCUGGAAAAAAUUGUGAGAGACUGGAGGAAUUCUCUCCUUGAAGAUGCUGUAAACAUUUUAACUGAUACAGUAAACAUAUUAACUCAGUAUGACCAAGGUUCUGGUGAAUGUCGUUCAGCUUGCUUGGGUUUUAUCAAAAAACAAAUCCAUAGGAUACUAACUCCAAGUAAAAUAUCAAAGUACACAACUAGUGAAUGCCGCUGUCUAAUUGUUUGCGAAAUGUGUAACAGCUUAUACCUCUGUUCGGACACCAUUGAGUUCCUGCUGGACAAAGUGAUAUUGUUAUCUAGAGAGACAGUUACUGCUUGUGAAGCAGAUCUAGACGAGUAUGUUGAUGGAGUCCUAGUUCGGGGAGCAGACCUGAAUUUUUAUAUGUUUUAUUUGUUUGAAACUCUCAUUGUAAAGUACUUGAAACUGGUCAAAAUUAUGAAGCAAUCAUCACACAAGUUAAAAGAAAAACCAAAACCAACUAUGAGAAAUAUAUUAGAACUAUGGAGAAAAAAAUUUUGUGAUAAAUCUGCUACCGAAAAUACAAACUGUGAAGAGGAAGAUGAGCAUUUAUCAAGAAUAAAUGUGUGGAGUUCAUCAUUAGAACAAUGCCUCAUCAAAUUUUCAGAAUCCAAUCCAAAGUUGACUUUUGCUGUUUGGACGUCUUUUGAGAAACUGAAGGAAAAUAUUCAGAUGUAA